GGCGGGCGGCGCUGGCGGCUGCCCGGGUCCGGCCCGCGGCGGCCGCAGCCGCAGCCCGGAGCGCGGGGCGGGCGCAUGGCGGCGGCGGCGGCGGCGGCGCGGCCCCGCGCGGACUAGCGGGGCGGAGGCGGGGGCGGCCGAGCCAGCCCGGGUCCGCGGCCGCCUGACGCCCAUGAAUGCGAACACCAUGAUCUUCAUGGUCCUGGGCGCCUCCGUCGUGAUGAGCUGACCCGAUGCCUUGGUUAUGGGCUCUUACAGGCAAUAGCUUGCUUGAUGGACAUGAACGCGCUGCUGGACCGGUUUCACAAUUACAUCCUACCGCAUCUGCGAGGAGAGGACCGAGUUUGCCACUGCAACUGUGGACGGCAUCACGUCCAUUAUGUUAUUCCGUACGACGGAGACCAGUCGGUGGUGGACUCCUCGGAGAAUUACUUUGUCACCGAUAAUGUAACCAAACAGGAGAUUGAUCUGAUGCUGGGACUUUUGCUGGGCUUUUGUAUAAGCUGGUUUCUGGUGUGGAUGGACGGGGUUCUCCAUUACGCCGUGCGAGCCUGGAGAACCAGCCGACGGUAUGACAAUUCUUGGUCUUGGAUUCCGAAAUUUUGUAACUUGAAGGAGUUCAGGAAACGUCACCACAGGCAGUACGAGGAGGCCACCGGCAACAUGGUGCACAUCAAACAGAAGCUGUAUCAUAACGGGCACCCGAGCCCCAGACACCUCUGAGAACCGCCCUGCCCUCCAGAGACUGCGGAGAGGUUGAACUUUGCUCUUCUCGGAGGAGCACACCCGCACGUUCGCUCCUCCGCGGAAGCCGGUGGAGGAUGCCAUUUGAUUUGCCCAUGCGGUGUGUCGUUGCGGCAGAUGGAGAAUGCACAACUAAGCCCGUUCUGGAUCCGAGGCAGCCAAGACUUUGCACUGUGUUCAUCGUUUUAUUGUCGGACUUCUGUAUAUAUGUAAAAAAAAAAUGGGGGGUGGGGGGGAAGAGAUUUGCAUUAUACUUCCAGAGCCCGUCCCCAGUGUUGGAAGUUGUCCUGCAUACUCAAUGUACCUUUUUUGGGAACCGGUUGUGCUAGGGAUCGGAGGCGACCGCUAACAGAAGACGUAGUUUCGCAGCGGAGAGGUAAUGCUCCCUUCCACGUGCUGGCUCUGUAUUGUUUCCUUGGCUAUGACUUCCCGUUGCAGGGUGGCGCUCGCUGUCGCGGUCCGAAGGUGCGGUGCGUCCCUUUUCCUUUGCCUGUUAUUUUUUUUCGAGAGGGGGCGAGAGCUCGAGCGAGACAGAGAGGAGACUCGAAUUCACGGAUGUAAAGAGGGUGGAGAAAACCAGGCCCCCAAUCUGGCCCCGUUGCAUUGCCCACAUGAAAUGAUCCAGCCUGCCGUGGGGAGGCGGGACAGGUCGUACCCAUUCUGACAGAGGGGAAGAUUGAGGCACAGAGCAAUUUGCCUGAGAUCACGCGGGGGCAAAGUAGGGAUCAGCACCUGGAGGCUCCAGGGGGAUCGGCACUGGAGAUCCGCUGUGGGAGGAGGUGCAGACAGACAGAGCAGACGCUAAACCCCAGAGCCAAACAGCCCAAGGGGCUGUAAGAGCUGGAAACGGCUGAUGGCACCUUUCCCAUGGGAGACGUGGCAUCUGCCUUGCCUCGGGCCUCGCUCUUAGGCGCGGCAACGGUUUAUGGGAAUACAGCCUUAACCUCCUAUCAGGCCUGCCUGAGACAAGGGACCUCCUAGUAUCUCCUCUCCGAGGGCACGUAUCCUGCAGGGAGCCUGGUCUGAGCAUCGGGGACCCGUCUGAGACGACCAGACUAGAUUGCAGCGGGGCUGUUUUGCCACGAGCGGCCCUCGCCGGGGAGGAGGAGGGGGUAGAGUUUGGCCCGGGGGGUGUACGGUGAGCCCUGCCCCUUUUGCCGUUUCUCCUGCGUUCCCAAAUGCUUAUACAGCGGGUCUGUGUCCGGCAGCCUGGUACGUCCCCGCGGUUCUGGGCAGAAAGAACCAGGAAACCCCCAAACCCAGGAAACCGCUCUCGUCCCUUUGUGGCUUAUUUUGAAUCGACCUCCUCUGCCUGGGGAUCAAUCUAAGAUCAAAAGCAAGAAGCCAGCCUUGUCCCUGCCAUGGUGUGCCCCCUCCCUUCACACUCACCCCCCAGCCCCGGUUGAUGGUAGCUGAGGUCUGUGCUGGUGUCCGUCUGCUGGGACGUUGGCCGUUUGGGCGCCCGAUGGUCGUGCUACCUCCGUAGGUGCCUGGCCGUGUUAGACUGAGGGGUUUUCAGCUUCUCCUCGUGCAUUAGUUCCUGCGGCUGGUGCAAAUCAGCGGUGACUCAGUGGAGCUCUGCGGAUUUACACCAGCCAAAGCUCCAGUUGGCUGAGUUUGGCGAAGCCGGGACAGCUUGCAGACCCGGUGGGAUGUGAUGUGUCUGUUCGAGCGGCUUUAAAUCCCGUCUCUUCGGCACCUCCUCCAGGGAAGCGAGCGAGCGAGCGAGAGAGAGCGGUGACGCCCAGGCCAGGCCGAAUGCACAGCGCGGUUCUGCCUUGCUCUGUAAAUCGCUGCUAGUGGGUGCAUCAUUAAAUACGAACCUGACAAAGGACAAGAACGAGGCCUUGGCUGGUGGUGACUGAGUCUGAGCCCUGCGAGGCGUUCAGGGAGGAGAAGAGGUCGUCUUGCAAGGUGUGUGCUUCUCUGGUCCCCGGUGCCGUCACAGCUGCGGGGUCGGGCUCAGGGCCUUUCUGCUCCUAGCCUUGAUGCUUUCAAAUAUCCAGAGCGAUGGGAGUAACGUGCAAAUCCUUCAGAGCCAGAGCCCCUGGGAUGUGGCCCGUCAGAUCCAACAUGCACGGCAGUCUAUGGAAGCAGCCCCAUUGCCUGUAAUGCACCUUGGAUCGGGGCCUGGGCAGUCGUCUCCCCUGUGCAAUGAGGGCUGUGCAUCACUUGUGCCCUUGGGACGUGUCUGAACAGGGGAGCAACAGGAAAAGAUGGGGGGAGUUAUGCUGGGGCCCACCCCCGUCUCCUGCUGCUUUUACAAUGGUAGGGGGCAGACAUCCGUGGAGCUGCCUCCAGUCUACCCCAGGGUAACACAGGUCAGGAUCUGGGCUCACAAGUAUGUCCUCUGCUUGAAUGGUUAAACCCCAGGAAGGCUGGGGUGAUUUUUUUCUCCCCAAAAGAGGAAUUUCUGCAGCACUGAGCAUUAGGGCUGUGCAAAGCUUCGGAUCAUGAUUUGGAUUCGGGUGAUUCAAAGGCUGAAUCUACAAAUCCGAAUUGAAUCGCUGGAAGCUUUAGCUUUAGGCAGGGGGAGCGAGCAGGGAUGAUGAGUCCAGCGGGGAAGGGGAGCGGGCCGUGCCGCGAGGUGGCAGGUUUGCUGGCCAGGAGCGCUGAGGACGCCUUCUGUGGACUUAGACAGUUGGAGACUUUUCCGCAGCCGCAGGAGGGGCUAUUUUUAGAGCCGAGACGGAGCUUAGAAACCGGCUCUGGGCGAUCUCGGGGGCUGGAGCGAAGCGUUUUGGAGUGUGGCCUUGCCUUAAAUGGCCUGGCGCGUGUGGGCACCACCGGGAGGGGGAAUCCCAUCAAACCAGCCGGCCGCCCCUUGCCCCGUUCAAACUUGUCUUCCCAGCUCUGCUAAAAAGCCCCCUGCCCCUGGGUCAGAAUCCAUCCUGCCCAAUCAGCUCCUCUACCUCCUCAUCUGACAUCAUUGUCACCGCUGACAUCACAUUUGGUUUCUGAUGACCUCACGGGUCAGAAGAAAUGGCAGCGAAUGGGCCAAAUUCAUGCCAGGUGGAGCUGUGCCAGGCAGGGGGUUUGACAGCCUAAUCCCUUCUUGGCUGGGAGCAAUUCCUGCCUAUCCAGCCAGGGUCUCUUGUUAGCUCCGAUGGCUGCUGGGGUUGUCUCCAGUGAAUCGGAGAGGGCAGGGCCAGAAAGGGAUGGUGCUCUCGCACCUAAGUACCUUUGUGAAGAAAGGCCCCACAGAUUCAAUAGGCAAGAAGGGGCAGAGCACUAGAGAGGGGAUGCAACUUGCCCUGGGGCAGAACUGAGGACCUGGGUCUCAGCCUCAUGCUCCAGCUGCUAGUUACCCCUGCUUAGGGUCACUCAAGUGGGUGCUGGGCUCACAGCGGCCGUCCCAAAGGUGCAGGUGAUGGGUGCGUUGCAGAGCAGCCGUGGCAAAUCCUUGAGUGUGGCCGGGUAUUAUGCAAACACGGGAUAGUGGGGUUAGCAACAGCAACGCUGAUCUGCCCAGUACUUACCGUGCCGGUGGUCCUGCUACGCGAGACCCUCGCCCCCACCCCAUCACUGCUGAGCCCAGCACAGCUGCCCUGGCCUUAGCAGUGCGGAGGAAGGUGGCUUACUUACUCUGCAAAACAUCCAGGCAUCGUUUCUUGGGAAGGAUUUUUUUACUGUAUUUUCUCACAUACAAUACACCCCAGAAUGAGACGCACACCUUGUUUUAGAAGGGCAGAACGAAGGAAAAGCUCUUUCCGUGGAGAAAGGAAGUGGGUAGCAGCAGCAAGGGACCCGCGCCUGCAGGUUGUGGAUCUGGGUGUAGCCUUUACUUUCACCUUUGCUCUGCACCAAAGCCUAAUUAGAAGACACAGUUGUUACCAUAUUUCCCUGUGUAUCAUAUGCACUCAAAUUGCCAGCAGCUGGUGUUUUUUUGGAGAAAAAGUACAUGUUGUAUGCAGGAAAAUCCAGUGUUUCCCUGGAAGGGGUGAUGCUCUUUGCAGAUCAUGCAAGGACUCACUUUUUCUUACCAUAUUCAAACCCUUGGGGGCUCAGCUCCAGGAGGAAAUAGCUCAGCGGAGCUUGUCCACAAUAGCCCUCCUGCAUUAGCUCAUGCUGGGAUGGGGGAUGCACUCGUUCUGUACUAAGAAAAACUAGGAUUAGCAUCAGUUUUCCAGCACUGGAGAAAACACUAUUGCAAAGGGGACGCUGGUCCCGUGCAAGUGUUUCCUCAGAGCUGGGGGCUCUGACCUGCUCCCCUUUAGAAAGGGAAAGCUCCUCACCUGUGCACAGCCCGAAAGAAUGAGCUGUAGCUUCACAGCUCCCGUAGCACUGGAGGGAGUUAGUUAGACGGGGCUCAAGGCAAGUUAAACCAGCAAAACCCCCUUGUACGGCUGCAGUGACUAAUGCAGACAAGUGGUACCAGCAGAGCUGCAGCUAUCCCAGCGCUGAGAGUCCAUGAGCCAGGGCCUGGCUGCACUACUGGAAAAUGCCAGGACUGCAAUGCAUGCGGGGCCGAGGCGCCGUUUCGGUAGUGUCCACCUGUGCGGGGGAAAGGGCGGUGGUGCAAGGGUGGGCAGGUGGUGCCAUGAAUCCCCAGCUUCUCGCACGCUGCUGACCCUUUGCAGUCAUGUUCCAGCUGUGUCCGUUGCCGUCUGUGUGUGCGCGUGUGUGUUUAUCUCUGCGUGUCGGCGUGUGCACCCACUGCUCUCGCAGGCCCAUUCUCAACACGUUCUGGGCCACGUUGCAUUUGGCACAAGACGGCGGAUGCGGUCCCCGGAGUCGAGCUGAGCACAGGGGUGUGGGUGCAGCAGAGAGCAGGCAUCACCCCAACAGGCCUCAAUUCUGCAAGGUGGGGGCUGCUUUCCCUUCCCGAUUGCUAUGGGGCGAGGGGUGGCAGGGGGCUUUCUCUCUCCAGCAUGAAAAGGUGCUUCCAAUGCACUCGAUGGGGCUCCUCCAACAGCUCUUGGAAGAACCAUUUCCCCACAGCCCGGAGCCCCGUGCUCCCGGGUUUAUGCACUCAAAACCGAUUUUUGCACACAUGCAAUAGGAAGUAGGCACAGCAUACCCUGGUAUAAACCGGAAGAGAGGGAGGGAGAUGCAGCUUCUAGACUCGUCUCUCUCAUGAUUUGAAAAGCAAUAACAGCUAUUUUUUUUUUUAAUACACUUGCAAAUGAGACUGUCAUCUGCAUUUUGUAGUCUCCUGGAAGACGGGCUUGGCGCUGUGCUGGUACGGCACGAGAAGGAAGGGUGAACGAGUGGAGCAGCUCCGCCUGAAAGCUGCAGUGAAUUUGGGUUUGAGGGCGGGAGAAAAAAACAAAGCACACUGUGACUUCACGUGGGUCAGCGAGUGAAUGCGUUUCAGCCGGACCAGCCCUUGCGAUCCCACGUUUGUAUCUUUGGUGAUUGAUUUAGCCGCCUGAAACUGAGCCCGUCCUUUGCUGUUUGUCAGUAAAAUAGGUUUUUUUUUUGCA